AUGAAACCAGUUCCCACCAACAUGAAUGCCAUCACUUCUCUUAUCGCACUUUUGGUUAUCAAUUCCAGAAAAUUGCAAAAAAACCACAUCGGUCCAAUGCGAAAUGGGUGGAUUUCCUCAUCCUCGAGACUGCCAAAAAUGCAUCUGCCCCGGGUUAUGCCGAAAGCGCCGUGCCACUGCACGAGAAUGAGCCUGGAAUCAGAUACAAACGGCAUAGUGUGCCAAAAAGUUCGCGUGCAAAAAGUGCUCUGCUGUAAGCCAUCAUCAGGACUUGAGAAUACUGUCGGCCUUGGCCGUGAUGAGCAAGAAGACUUUGAGACAUGUCACUACUGGAUUGAAUCUCCUGAAGGAACCGAAAUCGAAGUGAAAUUAGUGAAUUUCACAAAAGGCCUUUCUGUUGACGGAUGCAGUUAUGCAGGUGUAGAGAUCAAGACCAACAAGGACCAAACGCUCACUGGUUACAGGUGCCGCUCUCUUGUACCGAGUGGUUUCUGCAAGGGGACACUAUCAGAGGCCACCAAGAAGAAAGUGUGUCCGAAGUCAUGCGGUUUCUGUGAUUCUUUGCACUGA